ACCGCGCCGCACCGCGCUGCGAGGAGGAAGUAGGAGCCUGUUGUCGGAUUAAGACGCGUCCUGCGGCGCUUCCUCCGGCGCUGUGCUGCUUAAUAACGACGUGAACAAUCUGCAGCAGUUUCCAUUUAGGAGUUCAGAUCAUCUUCACCAUGAGAGAGCUGCACUUUAAGGACAACUUCUGGAACACAGAGCUGACCAGCACAGCGGGCUACGACGCUGUCAUCCAGCACCUCAAUGAUGGCAGGAGGACUUGCAAAGAGAUUGAGGACUUUAUGAAAGCCAGAGCUGCAAUUGAGGAGAAAUACGCGAAGGAGCUCCUGGGGUUGUCCAAGAAGGUGUGCGGCCAUAACGAAAUGAACACGCUGAAGCGAUCCCUUGAUGUCUUCAAACUGCAGACUGAGCAAGUCAGCAUGUCUCACUUGCAUUUGGCCCAAUCCAUACGGGAAGAAGCCAAAAAGUUAGAAGAGUUCAGAGAAAAACAGAAAGAAGCAAAAAAGAAGGUGGAGCAGCAGAUGGACGUGCUGCACAAACAGAAAGCAACACAGUACAAGAAAACCAUGGAGACUAAGAAGACCUAUGAGCAGAAGUGUCGCGAUAAAGAAGAUGCCGAGCAGACGAUGAACCGAAACUCCACAACCAGUAACACCAAGCAGCAGGAGAAGCUUUAUGCCAAAGCUCAGCAAGCCAAACUGGCAGCAGAAGAAGCAGACAGAGUUUACAACCAGAACAUACUUGUGUUGGGAAAGAUGCAAGAUGAGUGGCUGAAUGAGCAUGUUAAAGCAUGUGAGAUAUUCGAGAAACAAGAAGUGGAAAGGAUCUGUGUGUUACGGAACAUCGUGUGGACUCACCUGAACCACCUCUCGCAGCAGUGUGUGACCAGCGAUGAGCUCUAUGAGGAAGUUAGGAAGUCUCUGGAGCAGUGUGACAUUCAAGAAGACAUUGAGCACUUUAUCAACUUGAGGAGGACUGGAGACAAACCUCCAGCUCCCGUACCAUACGAAAAUUUCUACAGCAAUCAGAGAUCGUUGCCAAACAGACAGCCGCCGUCCGUCACCAGGAGAGGAGCUGCACCUCCAUUGCCCACCUCAGGAGGUGAUGUGGUGUAUUCGACUAUAGAUGAGUCAGGAUACAGCGUAAUUCGAUAUUAACAAUGCACAAGAUUAUUCUCCCGGAUGUGUCAAUGUUAACUGAUUCCUGGGUCGUUCAGUUGGUGUCACUUUGAAAUCAGUCCUACCUUCAGCACAUAAUAAUAAUAAUAAUAAUAAUAAUAAUAAGCGAAAAGACCAUAGAGCAACAGUAGAGUAAGAACAUCACACUGUAUUCCACUACACUGAUCCAACAAUUGUGUAACUUAUUUACUUUUUUUUGUUGUUUUUAUUAUCAUAAUCGUACAAUAAUACAGUAAUUAAACCACUCUUAUGCAAAUUUUAAAUCAUCUUCAGUAGAUGUGAUAAAAAAUAUAUGAUGUAAAUAUACACUGGAGUGUACUCUUUGGUAGGCGUGUGUUCGUUUGCGGGUUCUGUCUUGUUAGCAGGUUGUUCUGCGAGUGUCAUGAAAGACACGGUUGUCUUUAUUUAAUUUAUUUUUUUACUCCAUACGAUUAUUUAAAAGUUGUCCCUUAUUUGCUAUCAGCUAUCUCCGAAUGGCCCACGUGGUAAAGCGAUGUACAAAGGAUCAUUAUCUGAAAAAAAACAAAAAAAACAAAGACAUUCUUGAGGCUUUCUUCUGAUACCAUUUUGUGAUAAUAUCGAACUAAUGGAUGGAAUGUGUUAUGAAAAUUCCAGGAAAGGUUUUGCAUUUAUCUGUGUUACAGACGGAAAGUGGCGUGAACGAUUGUUGUGAUUUGAAUGAACGCUGUGCUGUGUGUUGCACUGCCCUGUACUGCCUGCUUUAAUAAAAUCCGAUUGUCAUCGU